UGAAAAAGAACUGCGCAGUGCGCAGCACCGUGGCCUCGAGGCCUCUGGUAAUUUAUCCAUGACUGUGUGGCACGGCAGAGGGGGCUCUCCACUCUACGGAGCUAAAAUCCGCAAAACCUGGACUACCACGUACAAUCACUAGCUCCUAUCUAUUGUCUUUUAUUUAUUGUAUUUGUACCAACAAACAUGACAGCGACCAUUAUUUCUCCUUUCUUCGAAUACAGAGAAGUGCCUAACAAGAACAGUAAGAUGUUCAACUACAGCAACAACAAUAACAGUCUUGGUGGACCUCAACUGAUGUCUGUCCAAUGUUCCAGUGCCAACUUCUCCUCCUGCACCCCCAUUGAAUCCCUGCUGGACAGAAAGGUGGUGGGGGCCCCCUCUGCAGGAGACCUGUUUCAACGCCGUCACUCAGUCAGCCUCCCGAGUGCGAAGUUAAGCCAGAACCAGUUUGUCAACAACCUUAAAAGGCAUCCCUCUGUGUUAUUUGGUAGCAGCUGCAGCAACAACAAGGAGAACCAUUUCCGUGAGCGCUCUUACUCAGAGCUGGAGGAUAGGCAGUGGUCCAGCAGUCAGGUGCGUGUGGAUGGAAGCAGCCAAGUCAACCCGAGCCGCUAUAAGACAGAGCUGUGCCGGCCCUUUGAAGAGAAUGGCACCUGUAAAUACGGCGAUAAGUGCCAGUUCGCCCACGGCAUGCAUGAGCUGCGCAGCCUGAGCCGCCACCCAAAGUACAAGACUGAGCUGUGCCGCACCUUCCAUACUGUCGGUUUCUGUCCGUAUGGCCCCCGAUGCAACUUUAUCCACAACGCAGAGGAGCGCCGUGGGCCCCCUCCCCUUUCCGCCUUCAACAAAAUGGAGCGCCCUCGGCUGCAGCACAGCUUCAGCUUUGCCGGCUUCCCCAGCUCCAGCAGCCAGCAGGACAGCCCCACCUCCAUUACACCUCCACCCAUGUUCUCCACCGAAGACCUGACAGAGUGGCAAAGAAACCCCUUCGCUUACUCCAGCCAGGAGUUUGCCAGCCUGUUUGGGCCCAGCUUGGGGCCACCACCUGUGUCUGAGCCUCAGGUUCCGACUCCACCUUCCCCAACCACCUCCUGCUUUUUCCAACCCAUGUCAGAUAGCUCCCCCUGCCAUCUGGGCUCUCUGUCUGACCAGGAGGGCUAUCAGAGCAGCCUGGGCAGUCAGAGUGGCUCUGAGUCCCCGCUCCUGGAUGCCUCCCGUCGCCUCCCCAUUUUCAGCAGGCUCUCUGUCUCUGAUGAUUAAGGUGUCUUCUUCCCUGGGCUUGAGAUGGGAGUAAUGGAAAGAUAUAGGAAGAUGGAGACAAUUCACCUCCCUAAUCCCAUUCUCCUCUUAGCCCUUUUAACAGGAAAAAUAAGACUGCUCUGUGCAUUGUUGUAGCCAGUGAGUCAAAUCAGAAAUCCAUAUCAAGUCUCUUCCAAUAUUAUCAACAGUUGGUAAACCAGAAUCCUAUUCAUGCACAGGCCUUGCACUGGUGCCAUGGUAGAAUGAAUGUGAAUGAUGGCAUCAAGUAGCUCAGAUCAUAUUAUAAAAUAGUUUUAAUAUGACUUAUAAUGGAGGGUAGGGAGUGGCAGUCAGUGUGUGUUCAGUACAUUGUGCAUCUGUGCUGUACAAAGUGUGUUGCAGGGUUGUGUAUAUCGCUACACAGCCAUUAUUUUGACCGCCUGUGCCACAACCUUGACACCUCCUAGAGGCUUGUUACAACUCUGUGUUCAAUUUUUGAAAGGAUCAUCACUAUAAAAUAAACAAGAGAAAGUCCAGUAGACUGUAAGAUUAUAACAGUGCCUUUGCGUAUUCAUGUGAAGCCAACAGUAACUAUUAUGAUUAUUAUUGUCUAGUUUAUUUCCCAAAGCCUUCCGAGUCAAGGCUUUGGCUGUAACUGCUUAUUUAUCAAAAUGUAUUUAUUGCUGAUCUUAAGCAUUUUUAUUUUGUAUUUAUCUAGUUGAUGAAAAUAGAAUAUAUAUUUUCUUUCAUGUGAAAUUAUGAUCUUUCGUAUUAAUCGAAAAAAGACCUUUUUUUUUUUCACAGUUAAUAUAUUAUACUGCAAUGACAUGUUUUGUAACACUUGAUUUAUUUUGAAAGAUAAUCUUAAUUUAAGACAAAUGUUUAGCAUUUUUAAUUUGUUUGCUCCUCCCACAUGUAGGACUGCAGGGUUGAGGUUCUCUGAUGCAGUCUGAAGGCACAAACGCAAUGGAAGUGUCAAAGUCAAUGUCCUAGUGCAUGCUAGAGACAAGUGUUGUCUUUUCAGUGGGGGGGUUCUGCAGCUGAAAUCAGGUUCAAAUGCUGGAAAAACGCUAAUGUAAGUAAUUGCAAACUAAUCAGGUAACUAAGCUAGUGCCAUACAGUUGUUAAGGGUGUGGACAAAUUAUGAAUGCACUCUGGGUGCCGGUGGUGCUGGUUUAACAGAGUUCUUAUGGCCAACUUGCACAGCAUCCAAGCUGUUUUGUGUGCCGGCUUCAUCUCGCCUGAUAAUCUGUUGCUUUCUAGCCGGUGGGUCUGUCUGCAGCUGCUCAUCUGUGGCUCUUUUUUUCCCCCUCCGGUAUCUUUACAUGCAGUGUCUAUUUUUGUCAGAGCAGCUCAUCUCUCUAAAGUGUGAAAUUCACGAUGAAUGUAAAUUAAUGCCCAUAUUUAUUGGCAAUUGUAAUUCAUUUUGAGGCCUUUCUACCUUGUUUGGAAAUUGCACUAAAAUAUUUGGAGAAGAUAUUUUUGUAUUCUUCAGAUACAUUUACAUGGAACAGUACAUUCAGUGGUUUUAGAUGUCCAUUCAAGCACAAUGAACCACAGAGCAUCUGCAUAAAUAAUAUUGAACCGCACAAUAUCAAAGAGUGAUUACUAAUAUUGAUGUACUAAAUUUGAAUGGAUUUAAAAUGCGUUAUAACCUCAAAGCCCUUAAAUGUGGAACAGAAUUUGUGUUGAAACCCUGUUUACAUCUCCCACCUGCAUCUUACAAAAUGUCAUGCAUUAACCAUAGCUUCUAUUGUGUUAAGGUGUCUCGUCCGGCUGCAUUUCUGGGCAGCAUCAUUUUUCGUUCUGUAGAAUAUAAACUAAACAGUUCUGUUCUCAUAUUAAUGUAUUGUACUGGGAUUAAAGCUGUAGUGCGUAACUUUUUGAUAUUAAUGAAUGUCCGUUACAUUCAAGCCAUUGCCAAAUGAGUUGCUAAUGGAGACUAUCUGCUCCACGCAACUCCCUCUGUAUUUCUCAGUAUGGCUGUGUUCAGAAGAUUGUGUCAUCGGGCAACUUUCACGCGCAGAAACUCAAGUGACUAUAAUUACCUCUUCUGAAGAGUCCAUGUCCAAUCCUCCGUGUCCUUCUUAGCUACUAGCAACUGCGUGGGGUUGCAGAAACUACGCACUAUAGCUUUAAUUCUCAUUUGAGUCACUGAAUCAGUUACUAGCACUUUGAGUUAUCACAUUGGUGAUGUAAAGGUUUGCUUUGAUCACCUUUACCCCUGAAAGUGCCUAUUUAUACAUUCCAGGUUUCCCAAAUGUCGUGCCUUCAUAUUUUUCUAGAACAGAGCAGAUGCAAGCCUAAAAUGUAUUCCUGUAGGUUAGAGGUUAAACGGAUUGACACAUAAUAAACUGUUGAAUGUAUUCUCCAGCAGCUGUUGCUGUUUCUACAGUAAUUACUUUGUUCAUGGUUUAUUUUGUAAUAAAAGAUUGCAGUUGAAACCAAUAAAAUUAUUUUAAAGUA